AUGGCUCGUGGCUCCACCAAGCCCCGCGACCUUGACUUUUCGCAGGUGGGCACUAUGGGACGGCGGACUGGCCUCACCUUGAAAGAAGGGCGACGCGACGAGUAUGGAAUGGAGGAAGUGGACGGAUUAUUCUCGUCUCCUGAGAAAUCGCCCGCGAAAUUGAAUGGGUUCAACCACUCGAAUGAUGAUGAUGAUGAUGAUGAUGAUUCUGCCAGCUCUGAUAUGUCCAUUGAUGAGGGCAACGCGCCUGGUCCUCUAGACUAUCUCGGCAGCGCCAACCGCUCGCGAGGCAACUUUCUUCCCGCGCAGUCCCGAUCGCCUGCAAAGGCUGCUUCUCGGCGAUCCCCUGUUUUGCGAUCUACGCCAGAUGAAGGAGAUGACCUGCUCUCACCCAGCCCAUCUGAUGGCAAAGGCUGGCCUGCCACACGAGAAUCGCGCCAAGAUCCUUCGCCUUUAACUGCUCGUUCGGUUAAUGCAGGGUCAAAUAAGAAGAACGGCAGUGGGCAAAAGCAGAAAGUACCAGAGCCGAUUACUGUGUCCGAAUUUUCAGAUGGGGAAUAUGAUGAGAACGCAGACUCGUUUGGCCCAGCGCAGGACGAUUUCAGUGAUAGCUUGGAUGCUGGCAACGAAACUGUAAUGCCCGAUGAUGACAACGAGACUGCUGAUGCCACCGUGCAAGAUUUAAACACGGGUGACAACUACGACUCCCCAGAACCAGAAAAUUCGCAACCCGCCGGAAAACUCCCAUCGAAGACCAAGCAGACACAGAAGAAGGGAACAGCAGCGAAGAGCCCCCAGGCAUCUCAGCCUGCUGCCAAGCCAGCUAAGCCGCGAGGGCGACCUCCGAAAACCCAACGUCCAGCUGAUGAGGAGCCUUCUGACACGAGACAACCCAAGAAGCAAAAAACUUCAAAUAGCAAGUCUUCUCGACCCCCACGUGAACCUCUCGAGCCCGAGCUAGAACAAAUGGUCGAAAAUUAUGCUCAACGCACAGGUCCCUUGAAGGGCCGUAGUCUUUACAUCCUCAAGCGUGAGGAUCCUAGCGGUGCCGAAGCCACUCACACCCGCUCAGGGCGAGUUUCUGUCCGCCCUCUUGCAUAUUGGCGCAAUGAACGGUGUGUGUUUGGCGACGGCGAGGCCGCCGAGGGACAACGCUAUCCGCUUUCAACCAUCAAGGAAGUCAUUCGGACUGAGGAGCUCGAACCGGAAAAGCAAAAGAAAGGCAAGCGCAGUCGUAAUUCGAAGUCAAAGAAGCGGAAGGACGAGUCCUCCGACGAGGAAGAUGAGGAGGUCGAUCUCUGGGAGAAAGAAGGCGGGGUUCUUCAUGGAUACGUCCCUAAAUGGGAUCCGAAAACCCAGGCUAGCACCACGGAGGAGGAAGUUCUCGAUAUCGCAUACGCUCCAUCUGGUAUUGUAACCAGAGAAGUCAAGGACUCAACCUUCCGUUUCGCAAAACUUCUCAGUUCUUCUUUUAUUGGUUCUGGUGUGGUAGAGCUCCCUAAGGACGGCGUUAAGAAACCCAAAAACUCAAAAAAGAUGCACAUGGUAUUCUACGUCUGUCAUGGUCGUGUGCAAGUGGACAUUUCAGGAGUUCAGUUCAGUGCUGGUAAGGGCUCGGUCUUCCAAGUCCCGCGAGGCAAUUACUACAGUUUCGCGAACCCCUACCAGAAAGAAGCUCGUUUAUUCUUCACCCAGGGCUGUGUCCCGGCCGACAGUGAAGAAGCAUCGCCAUCACAAGGGCCUAAGACGGCUGGGCAGGAAAGUGAGUUUGAGGCUGACAGUGGAAAAUCUGCUGCUCCGGCAACUAAAACACGCGGCCGCCCGCCUAAAGGCAAACAAAAGGCGAAAUAA